UCCUAUAAAAAGCAUUAUCAGGCCUGAUGAACCGGUCACAGUAACAAGGAGCCUCGAUCGCUGCAGUGUUCUCGGAUUGGAAGCAAGUAUACAAGUCGCACAAGGAUCGAAUCUUUCAGAAGAUUGCACCAGAAUGUCUAAGUUUAUGAUUCUAACGAUCUUCGCUGUUUUGGCGGUAACAAUGGCUGAUAAUUCCGGAGGAGGAUACGGUGGCUCAGGUAAAAGUGGUUACCAGAAGCAAAGCGGAGGUGGAGGUGGACAUGGUCAGCAAGGGUUUGGCCAUGAUGGACACGGCCAGCAAGGAUUCGGUCAAGGAGGACACGGCCAGCAAGGAUUCGGCCAAGGAGGAGGACACGGCCAAGGAGGAGGUUUCGGAAAACAAGGAUUUGGUCAAGGAGGACACGGUCAGCAGGGAUUCGGUCAGGGGGGUGGACAUGGCCACCAAGGCGGUCAUGGUUUCACUCAUGGCCAACAAGGACAUGGAGGUCAACACCAUGGAGAUGGUCACGGUGGAUACAAGAAACAUGGAUAUUAAUGAUGUGUUCAACAAAACGAAUAGUUUAGUUAACCAGUUGUACGGAAAAUAAAAGAAAAUAACUAAACUAA